AUGGGGUUGCCAUUUGGUGGAGAAGACAUCAAUGAGUUACCAUUGUGUGAUAAGGGAAAUGAAAUUCUAGAAGAAUGGAGGGGACAAUAUAGUGGUGAUAAGUUCAAUGGUGAGGAGUAUUUAAGAAGGAUUCAGUCGACAACAAAGGCUAAUUUGAUGUUUAGGCUGAAAUUUUUGACCCUAUUUGUUAACAACUUCAUAGAGUCAAUGUUGAUGGGAACAAAUCGAAUAAAAGUGGUAAGGAAGUUGGUGUUGGUAGAAGACUUUUCAAAGUUAAAUUGGUGUAUCAGUAAUUUUAAGCUCCUCCAACAUCUGACGCCACACAUUCUCGAAUUCAUGUGGUUCCAGCUUAGAAUUCCAAAUUAUAGAGUGAAAACGCUUUCGAAAUUUUUGAUUGGUUGUUGCAUCUUCAAUUGA